AUGUCAACAUCUUCAUCCGAUGGUCUAGACGAAAGAAUAGACGAACUUGUUGAUGAAAUAGUUGAAGAUUACUACAACGACAUAGUGGAGGACCAACCCGAUGAUGAGGCGAACCGUGCUUAUAUUGAACGAGACCGUGAAGGAGGAGAUGAUCAGUUAUGGAAUGACUACUUCAGUGAAGACCCGACAUACUCGGCACAAAUAUUUAGAAGACGUUUCCGCAUGAACAAGAAUUUAUUCCUGCGUAUUGUCAGAGCCCUCAAGCAGAACUUUAUAUUCUUUCAGCAGAGAAAAGAUGCAACCGGGAGGUGCGGUCUAUCAUCACUUCAAAAGUGUACGGCGGCAAAUUCGUCUGCUUGCUUAUGGUACAGCGGCUGA